CCUUCUCUCCCUCCCUCCUGCAGCAUGGCACAGAAAGAGAAGCUCCAGUGUCUGAAGGACUUCCAUAAGGACACGCUGAAGCCUUCCCCGGGGAAGAGCCCUGGCACCCGGCCCGAGGACGAGGCAGAGGGGAAGCCCGUCCAGAGGGAGAAGUGGAACUCCAAGCUUGACUUUAUCCUGUCCGUCGCUGGGGGCUUCGUGGGUUUAGGGAACGUCUGGCGUUUCCCAUACCUCUGCUAUAAGAAUGGCGGAGGUGCAUUUCUCAUCCCGUACUUCAUCUUCCUCUUUGGCGGAGGUCUCCCUGUGUUUUUCCUGGAGGUGGCCCUCGGACAGUACACCUCCGAGGGUGGAAUCACCUGCUGGGAAAAGCUUUGCCCCAUCUUUACUGGUAUCGGCUACGCUUCGAUUGUGAUCGUGUCCCUCCUGAACAUCUACUACAUAGUGAUUCUGGCCUGGGGUUUGUACUACCUGUUCCAGUGCUUCCAGCCGGAGCUGCCCUGGGCCAAGUGUAAGAACUCCUGGAACACAGACCGCUGUGUGGAGGACACCAUCCGUAAGAACAAGACCCUGAUGCUGGCCACUAACAUCACCAACUUCACCUCGCCUGUCACUGAGUUCUGGGAACGUAACGUCCUUAGCAUCUCCAGUGGCAUCGAUGAAAUCGGAGAGGUCAAGUGGGACCUUGCUCUGUGUCUGCUGGGGGUCUGGGUCAUCUGUUUCUUCUGUAUCUGGAAGGGAGUCAAAUCCACUGGGAAGGUUGUGUACGUCACUGCUACCUUCCCCUUCGUCAUGCUGAUCAUUCUGUUGAUCCGCGGCGUCACUCUGCCAGGAGCAUCUGAAGGAAUCAAGUUCUACCUGUACCCAGACCUGCAACGUCUCAAAGACCCUGAGGUUUGGAUCGAUGCAGGCACUCAGAUCUUCUUCUCCUAUGCCAUCUGUCUGGGAGCUAUGACGUCACUGGGGAGCUACAACAAAUACAAAUACAACUGCUAUAGGGACUGUUUGCUGCUGGGAGGCCUCAACAGCGGUACCAGUUUUGUGUCUGGCUUCGCAAUAUUUUCCGUCCUGGGCUUCAUGGCACAAGAGCAAGGGGUGGACAUUGCCGAUGUGGCAGAGUCAGGUCCUGGCUUGGCCUUCAUUGCCUAUCCUAAAGCUGUGUCUAUGAUGCCGCUGCCAACCUUCUGGGCUAUUCUCUUCUUCAUCAUGCUUCUGCUACUGGGUCUCGACAGUCAGUUUGUGGAAGUGGAAGGACAGAUCACCUCCUUGGUGGAUCUGUAUCCCUCCUUCCUAAGGAAGGGUUACCGUCGGGAACUUUUUAUAGCAACAGUGUGCUCCAUAAGCUAUCUUCUGGGACUUACCAUGGUUACUAGGGGUGGCAUGUAUGUAUUUCAGCUCUUUGACUACUAUGCAGCCAGCGGUGUGUGCCUUUUGUGGGUUGCAUUCUUUGAAUGUAUUGCUGUAGCCUGGGUUUAUGGCGUUGAUAAUUUCUAUGAUGCGAUUGAAGACAUGAUUGGCUACAGACCAAAUGCCUGGAUGAAAUGGAGCUGGUCUUUUAUCACACCUCUUCUUUGUGUGGGUUGCUUUGUCUUCUCCUUGGUCAAAUACAAACCUUUGACUUACAACAAGGUCUACGAGUACCCCGACUGGUCCAUCGGUGUGGGUUGGACUCUGGCCCUGGCUUCUAUGAUCUGUAUUCCUAUGGUGGUGGUCAUCAAGAUCAUCCAGUCCGAUGGACCACUCAUAGAGAGAAUCAAGGCUGUGGCAGCUCCGCUGGGAGGUGCUAGCUCCCGUCCAGUCGACCACCGUCCCAAGGGCAUGUCCGCCGAGCUGGCCUACCCCCUGGACCCUAACGGGAACAACGGCCUGAUCAAGCCCACCCACACUAUUGUAGAAACUAUGAUGUGAGCGCUCUCUGUGAGAGGAACGAAUUUUAAAUAAGAAAAAAAGAAAAAAAAAGAAAUGACCCGCUUUCUAUGUUAUUAUACUAUAUUAUCACUAAACUAGUUAUAGGACCAGGUUUACAUUGCUAUGUAUCUGCACUAGGAGUCUUCUUUUUGUUUUUGUUUUCUACAGAGGAAGUUACAUUAUUGGUUUCCUGUCUAUGUUUUUAAUAUUUUUUAUUAAACUAUUGUUAUUAAUAUUACUGUUAUUACGAUUAAUGUAGUUAGAAGGAAUGUAGAUUUCCAUGCCACUUGGAGCAAGCAGAAUCAGUACAUGGUCCAUUUUUACUUCUUCUUCUUUCCUGUAGAACUAUAAGCGGUCGUAUCUAUUUUAGGAAUCCUUUUUUUUUUUUUAAAGAGAAGAAAAUACAGAAUAUAAAAAGGGCCGUAUAAAACCGUAAGAACUAAAUGUGUGUCAUGUUUUGAGCAGUAACAUUUGACUAUGUCAUGUUUGUAUCUAGAUCAACCUAGCCCCUCUCUCUUCUCAGCUUAACUAAUGUCUAUAGUACGAUAAUAUCGUGGAGGUGGUGCCCCCCUUGUAUACAGUGAGAUUAGUCGAGUGUUGUUUGUCGUCGAUGUUUGUUGUAAAAUUACAACUGAACCUGAACGUGCCUCCACUACUAGGCAGCGUUCAUGGUCCAGAGCAUCUCAUCUACAGUUGCUAAAAAGUUAGGGUUUUAAAAUCCUGCCCUGGUCUGCAAUACUGGUUUUUGACACAACUAUUUGCUAGAAGGUACUUGAGCACUUUGCAGCAAUUGUUCUGUCUGUAUAAAUAACACUGCAGUACAACCUAGCUUUUUAGUGCCGGCAACUGUACCUGGCUCUGACUGUGGAGGCAUAAACCUGUUCUCCUUGUACAGUGUCUAGUGUACAUACAUACAGUCAGCCCAACUCCAUUUUAAAGUAGACUAUACUAUGCUGGUGAAGGACACUACUGCUACAUGCCAUCCAUCCCAGUGCAUACAAUAGCUACAUCAUUACGUCUUUCAAGUCUGUGAUUGAAUUAUUUGCACUAAGUAACGAAGUGAGUUUUUUUCCUUUAUUCUUAGUGUUUUAGUGUGUUGUUCUAUCGCUGGCUAUAGAUAGAGGACAUGACAUAGUGGCAAGUUAACAGCAAGCACAACAUCACACUAUAUAAUGCAUAUAGCAUCUCUUGAGUCUGUCUCUCUAAUGGAUUGACAGGAGCCUAAAGGACCUGCCACAAUAACUUUACGCAUUAAUGUAAACUCCCCAUACAGUAAAUAUUGAUCAUAAAAAUGGAUUAAGGAACCAUUCAAAAUGCAAGCAGACUGCUUCUCAAUCACAUCGAUCAGAUCUUUCUAUUGAAUUUCUGCAGGCUAGGUCAGUGUACAUUCUGAUGUAAUGAUAAUACAUAUGGGUAAUUAAUUAAUAUACUAACUUAUACUAUCCACUUCCUCCAGCCUUUUCACACUCCCUAUCUAUCGGUCGUCAUAUCUUAGUUUAGUUUUAAAUAUUAUAUUAGUACAGCUUUUCAAAGAGGCAGAAACAGUUCAAACAAAAACCUGUUGGAAUUUGAAGCGUUUAUGAUUCACAAUGCAAAGAUAUUCUUAGAAUGGAAUGUUGAAAUGUGAAACCACAUGCAGUGAAACGGAAGCUUCGCUUAAUUCUAUUGAUUCUAAUUCCAUAAAAAUUAGAAAAAUUGUCUUGUUUUUCCCCCCGGGGGGUAUAAAUUCAGAACGUUUACUUUAUUGUACUUUGAUUGUUUUUCAAUCACGUUUUUGCCUUUUUUGUAUUCAAAAUGUAAAAUGACCACCCCGUCUCCAGUUAUUAAUACUUCCUGAGGAUGUAACGUCAUUUAACAACCUACUGUUCAUCAAAAAAACUGCAAUUUGUAAUGUGCAAUACUUCGUAGAAAGAUAAGUAUUUUUUCACUCUGUUUUUCAAAUAGGUGGUACUUUUAACUUUGUAGAGAGAAAUAAAAAAUAAAACACUUGCUUAAACAAUGCAACAGACAAAAUUACGACAAUUUCAGGGGCCAAUGAAAACCUACCACAAAAUCUUAUGCCAUAAUAUCAACAAAGAAACAACGUUCAAUGCAGUAGUAUCGCUUUCUGUCAUAACACACAGAAUUUGAUUAAUCUUUAUCAAAAAUAUUACACGUUUUAAAAUAUCUGGAGUUGCAAUGAAAAGUUAACCUGCCAUUUUAUAAUGACUAUCUCAAAUCUGAUUUGGUAGUCGGAAUUGGCCUGUGAGGUUCGGUAACAUUCUGAAAUGAUGCUGCCGCCAAACAUGAGCCUGUCUAUCUACCGUAGUGCUGUUUGUUUGUACAGAAGAUGUAUUAUGUCGCACAGAAACGAACCGCUAGUUGUUAGCUAGCUAGAUACCUGAAACAAACCGCUAGUUGUUAGCUAGCUAGGUACCUGUUAAAAAAAAUGCUAGUAGUUAGCGAGCUAGGUACCUGUUAAAAAAAAAUGCUAGUAGUUAGCGAGCUAGGUACCUGUUAAAAAAAAAUGCUAGUAGUUAGCGAGCUAGGUACCUGUUAAAAAAAAUGCUAGUUGUUAGCUAGCUAGGUACCUGUUAAAAAAAAAUGCUAGUAGUUAGCGAGCUAGGUACCUUACAGGUGUUGUAUCAAAGAAGCUUACUGAAAAACCAAAUGAGAAUACAUUAUUACAGUGAAGAUAUUGACACCCAGUCCCAUCGCUGGAGAUUGGAGAAGUCUCUGCUUGUGUUCUAAAUGGCACCCUAUUCUCUACAUAGUGAACUCAUUUUGACACAGGUCUCUGGUCAAAAGUAGUGCAUUAUUAGGGAAUAGGGUGCCAUUUGGAUCGCAUACUCCAUUUCCAUUGAGAUGAGCUGUCUAUAAUCAGACAGGCUACUGAUCCCUACAGAUAGAAAACAUAAUGUUAAAGUUAUCUAACUCUCCUGCCUCAUACAUUACAUGUCAUUACAUACCAGCCCAUCCUUUUUAAGAAUGUACAAGGGGGAAAUGUUUUUAAUCCAUGAAGAAGAAACAUUUUUCAAAUACAAUUUGAAAGAUUUUAUUUUUUAUUUCUAUGGCGCUAAAUAACCUGUAAAACAAAAAUGUGUGUUUUAAAACAGGGUUUUACUGAGAAAAACAUUAAACCUUUUUAUUUCUUAAUAAAAAAAAAAA